AUGGAUCAGUCUAUAAACAUUUUUGCUCCUACUACCCAUGACUGUGGUCACCACGGCCAUUGGAAUGAUAGACAUAAUUAUUGUGAAUGUUCCUCGGGAUACAGCGGAAGUAAAUGUGAAAUUGCUCCUAUUACCCAUGACUGCGGGCAACACGGCGUAUGGAGUAAUACCGGACAUCAUUGUGUAUGCUCCUUGGGAUACAGCGGAAGUAAAUGUGAAACCUACUUGUUGUGUGGGGGCCACGGAUUUCCAUUUGACGGUUACUCGUGCACAUGUGAUGUGGGAUGGUCAGGAGAGACGUGUACCACCCUGGACAUAGCAGAACCACCAUCAACGACAACAACAACGGCAACGACGACUACCACAUCAACACCACCAACAACGACGCCAAGGCCAACAACUAGCACGAAGACGGUUCCGACUACAGCUGCUAGCAACCAAACAGAUACGGGUGAACCCUCUUUCAUCUGCAACAACCACGGCUCGUGGGACGGAAGUUCCUGUCAUUGUUUUAGUGACUGGAUAGGGGCAACAUGUUGGGAACCAUCAUCAACACCAACAACGGUAACGACGACUACCGCUUCAACGACGACAAGGCCGACAACAGUUGCUUUUACUGGUCAUGCCUGCAACAUCACACAAGUCAAUGUAGACAUCACCAGUGGCACGUCCAGUGACAACCCAGCAGCCUUUGUGUGUCCGUACACCAGUAGCCAUUCCUCACACGAGGCGUUCGUCCUUGACCAUUGCACGACACUCUCUAGUGAUCCAAGCUCGUGGGCGAUAGGCAAACAGCUUUGA